AGUUUCUUGAGUUAUUGAAAAUAAAAUAAAAGUGAGAGGUGGCAGGCAUUGAUGAAGUCCAGGUAAAAAAAUGAAGAAAUGAAUAUUUAGAGAUCUGGAAUAUGAUGUGGAUCAGAAGAGUGGAUAUGAGGAUGGAAAGAGGAGGAAAUGUUAUGCUGGUUUUGGCUGCGAUUAUGUUGAUACUGAGGCGGGUGGAGUCGAUCCGAUUCGAUCUGGAGACGGGGCACUCCAAAUGCAUAGCCGAGGAUAUCAGGAUCAAUUCAAUGACAGUCGGAAAAUAUCAAGUCGUCAACAACAACGAGGGAAUGCCUUUGCCGGAUGCCCAUAAAAUCACUAUACGGGUUACCUCAGCGUACGGGAACAACUACCACUACGCAGAAAAUAUCGCAUGGGGCCAUUUUGCGUUUCAGGCAGCGGAUGACGGUGAUUACAUGGCUUGCUUCUACGCUGCUGAGACCAAACCCUCCAGUUUUAUGACUGUAGACUUCGAUUGGAAGUCUGGUGUCGCUGCCAGCGACUGGAGCCGUGUUGCCAAGAAAGGUUCCCUUCUUGCAAUGGAACUUGAGUUGAAGACUAUGUACGAUACAGUCCAGUUCAUUCAAGACGAGAUAUAUUAUCUGCGCGAAAGGGAAAAAGAAAUGCAACUGCUAAAUAUAUCGACCAACUCCAAAAUGGCGUGGCUCAGUUUUCUGUCGCUUCUUGUUUCGUUAUCUGUCUCGGGCCUGCAGCUCUGGCACCUCAAGUCAUUCUUUCAAAAGAAGAAGCUUAUUUGAACUCAUUCUUGGUAUUGGGACAGGGAUGUUUUUUAGUUUCAACUUGCAACAUCAUUCUUCUUUGGAUAGAAAGAAGCUAGCUUAGAGAAACACAGUUUCAAAAUCUUCUACUAGUAUCAUACAUUAUUUUUUUUACAUUUGUGGGAGUCCAGAUCUCA